AUGCGCCGAGGCCAGGGACAUCAUCAACCACCGAAAAAGUCCAAUCAAUCGAGCAACGAGCUCACAGGUUGGAAGCUCGGUAUUCUGGUAGCAUCCUUGUGCUCUGCAGUAUUCUGCGUAGCAUUGGACAAUACGAUUCUUGCAACCGCCAUUCCACGCAUCACAGACGACUUUGGCACAAUCGACGACAUCGGCUGGUAUGGAGCUGGGUACUUUCUGACGAUAUGCAGCUUGCAGCUCCUCUACGCCAAGCUAUACUCCAUGAUCCGCGUGAAAACACUCUUCCUGUCAGCAUUCGCCAUAUUCGAGAUAGGGUCGCUAGUGUCAGGCGUUGCGCCAAAUUCGAUCGCUCUGAUUGUCGGCCGAGCCAUUGCAGGAAUCGGUGCAGCGGGAUUGUUUACUGGAGCAAUGACAGCCAUUGCACUGGUUGUUCCUGUACGUCUGCGACCGGUCAUUGUCGGCUGCGUGGGCGCAACCUUUGGUGGAUGUGCCGUGAUUGGUCCCUUGAUUGGAGGUGCCUUCACUGAGAGUGCGACAUGGCGAUGGUGCUUUUAUAUCAAUCUCCCAAUUGGAGCGUUCACUGCCUCGGGGACUUUCUUCUUCCUCAAGGUGCAGCAGACAUUGCCAAACGCAAACGGUACAAUCUGGCAGCGGAUCUGGAAGACUGACCCUGUGGGAAAUGUCCUCUUCAUGGCUUCAGUCAUUUGUCUACUCCUGGCUGUGCAAUGGGGAGGCUCAACAUAUCCCUGGUCCAGCGGAAGGAUCAUCGCUCUUUUGGUCGUGUUCUCCUUAACGGCCAUCGGCUUCGUCUUGUGGCAAGGCCUGAGAACAACCAACACCACAGUCGCGAAGCACAUAUUCAAGCAUCGGACGACGAUGUUUGCUACCCUCUUUGCGUUCUUUGUUGGGUCUUCUGUUUUCGUGACCCUCUACUACAUCCCUAUCUGGUUCCAAGCUGUGCAAGGUGUUUCGCCAAUCAUCUCAGCGGUUCACACAUUGCCUCUCAUCAUCUGCCAGGUACUGGGCACUUUUGGAGCCGGAUUCCUGACAACACGGAUUGGCUACUACAUGCCAUUCGUUUACGCUUCCACGGUCCUUCUAUCAGUGGGCUGUGGACUUCUGUACACAUGGCAAGUCGGCGAGCCAACCGGACGCUGGAUUGGAUAUCAGAUCCUGCUUGGGAGCGGCAUUGGCUUCGGCUUCCAGCAGUCGACUGUUGCAGUGCAGUCGACUUUGCCUCCUCAAGACAUCCCUAUAGGCAUCGCCCUGGUGUACACUUCUUUGUAUCUCGGAGGAGCCAUAUUCGUCUCCGCUGGAGAGAGCACGUUCUCCAAAGCCCUGAGAGAGAACACUGCCGACCUCCAUAUCCCAGGAUUCGACGUGGCAACGGCGAUCCAAGCAGGUGCUACGCAAUUGCGGUCACAAGUACCGCCUGAGUAUCUUCAUCAGGUCCUGGAGGCCUACAGCAAUGCAGUGACGAAAGUGUUCGAGAUGGCCACUAUCCUUGCUUGCCUUUCAAUCUUGGGGGCGGUGGGUAUGGAGUGGAAGAAUGUAAAGCAGAAGGGUAAAUGA